CCCCCUGGCCAUUCCCUGGCUCCGCCCCUGCAACCAGUUUCUGUGUCUUGGUUGCAUGGGGAGCCAGCACGUAACAGGGAUGGAUCCAGCUGGAGAGCUUUUACGCAUGGCAUCUUUUGGAGCGUCUGUACAAAUAGCAUCGUUGUAAGAUAAUAGAAACUUCAGAGAAUACCAUUAAGGCUACUUGUGGACUGUAUUGCCAACAAUGAGGUACGGAUUGGUGGUCCUUGCUGCUGGGUUCGCAGGUUUGCUCACUUUCAGCCUCCUCGCCUUGGCUAUUGGGACUGAUUACUGGUACAUCAUCGAUGUGAACAAAGACAACCACACAGGUCCCGACGACCUGAGUUCACAUUCUGGACUGUGGAGAAUUAUUGAAGGAGCAAACAGAAGCUCAGUCAUCCCCUCUUUCACAGCAAAUAUGUCCAGCUUGUCGGAGACAGAAAAGCAGCUUCUUGGCUUACAUAAGGUAGUGGUCAUCAUCCUGCCCCUCAGCCUGGUGCUGCUGGUGUUUGGAUGGAUCUUUGGACUCGUCAGCUCGCUGGCCUGUAGCCCCAGCUUGCUGGUUGGAUCGGCAUCAUAUUUUCUCUUCUGUAGUCUAUUUACCCUCACUGGAAUAAGCAUCUACAUCAAAUACUCCAACCAGGCCAUGGAUGAGUUCCAGCGGGUAGUAUCCCCGGAGAGCCUCGCCAACGUGAAAGUCUCCUUCGGGUGGUCCUUUGCCUCAGCUUGGCUCUCCUACAGCCUGGAAGUGGCCACUGGCCUGCUGCUCAUGUUGGCUGCCAGAAUCAUCCAGAUGAAGGGACACUAUGACUUAGGUGUGUCCGUUGCCAUGUUAUAGGGUGUUGAUGUUUGAUGCUGAAGUGACACUCAAAGCUUGAAAUGGAUUGCUUUCAUCGCCAUCGAUUUAUUUUAAGAGCCAAGCUGGUCAGGUGCUAAGAGAAGAGAGUGUGUGCAAGUAGCAUCACUUGCAUUGCUGCCACCAUACAUGCUGAAGAAGUGAAGCCGUUUCAGGAGCUGUUAUUUUUUCAUUUCAUGCUGGUUUGCAAUGACUACCGCUACCUUUUAUCCUGCGAGUAUACUUUUCUUUCCAGGGUCCUUGUCCGCAAUGAUAAAUGAGGGCCGCACAAAUAGAUAAAAGUGGAAACCCAUCCUGAGAGUGUUUAAUCUAGAGAUUAACUUUCUAUUUUUUUUUUGUCUAAAAGUUUCUGCCUUGUUGUUGUCCAAAUACUGUACAUUUAUGUUUAAAGCUACAAUCCUGUGAGUCUCUUGGUCCCAUUAUUAUAUAUUACACUGUAGAUUUUCUGUGAGAUAAGUCUUGAAAGAUGUCUGUAAUUUCUAGAGAACGGCCUCAUCUAUGAACCAAAUGUAAAUAGGAAGGCAUCAAAAACGUCAAGUUAAGUUGAAUGGGAUCAUUUCCGUUUUGACGUGUGCUUUAUGAACUCUUCAUCUUGAGGAGGACUUCUGUUCCUCCUCUACAUCCCAAUCUUAUGAUGCUUUCAAAUGCAGUUCAUAUCAGUGGUUCAGGGUGUAUCAGUCAGGUGGAAACAUUGCUGAUUCUGCAAAGAACCAAAUGAGCCAACCAGACGCCAGCACACAGAGCUGGUCUAGCUUUUGGUAUUAAAGCAGCUGUUACAUGGUUGAUGUAUGUGCCAGAUAAAUUUGUAUUUUGCAGCUUUUAAAAACAUUUUGGUCGAUGUAGUAGCAGUUAAGAAAAAUGUUGGCUGUUGUGUGUUAUGAAAAUACAUAAAUGUUAUCUUAUUCCUGUUCCUAUCCUUAUGGUAGAUGCUUAAAUCUUGGAAACAGGGCUGAGGGGAAGUGCACUCUGGGGGUUGUUGCAAGCUCCAUCAGCAGUACAGAAUAUGUGCAUGAGUUACUGCCUGCUUUGCAGUAGUCAAAGGCUUUAUACUGUAAUAUCUUGUCUGUCCUUUGACAUUUCUAGAAAUGAGACCUCUGCAGCCUGGAGGUAGAAUUGAACAUUUAGAGGUGUGCAGCCCUUUAAACUUUACUGUGAUGUUGUAAAAAGACAGGAAAACCCUUAGCACUCAUCUUAAGAAAAAUGGUUAAAAUGCCUUUUUUAAACUGGCUAAAUGUAAGACUUAAUUAAAAACGGUUUACUCAGACAUGUUUUAGAGUCAAGCCUUCUUCAAGAAGUUACAGAUGCAUGUGGUAAAACCAAGCAGGAACCUCUGGCCGCGAGAAAUUAUUUAAAUGCAGAAGUGCAAAAAAAACUGCAGUUCCUCGAGUGUCCUCUUGAUGCUAGCUCCAGAAGUAACGUAAACCACAUACACACCAAUUCAAAAAAGCUGAUCUUUACAGCAAAAAUAAACAUGUUUA